CUACACUGAGCAGAUGAGCCUAGAGCAGCAGCCCCUGAUCAUGUGACUCCUCCUCCAUGUGACUGAUCACCUGACUGUGACAUCAUCGCAGGUCCUGUUAGUACCCUUCCUGUACAGCUCUGAGGAAGGAGGGAGAAGAUAUGAACAAUAUUAAUGUUCCAAAGACAGAUUGGAGCGGUGAUGAGCAGUAUAAGGAGAACAUUCCUACAGGAAAAGAUCUGAUCUAUAUUAACGCUGCAGACAUAAAGGAAGGAGAAGAGACAGAUGUGAGCGGUGAUGAUCAGUAUAUGGAGGACAUGCCUACAGGGAAAGAUCCAAUCUAUAUUAAAGCUGCAGACAUAAAGGAAGAAGAAGAAGAAGAGACAGAUGUGAGCGGUGAUGAGAAGUAUAAGGAGGACAUUCCUACAGGAAAAGAUCUGAUCUUUAUUAAUGCUAAAGAUAUAAAGGAAGAAGAAAAUACAGAUGUGAGCGGUGAUGAGCAGUAUAUGGAGGACAUUCCUACAGGAAAAGAUCUGGUCUAUAUUAACGCUGCAGACAUAAAGGAAGAAGAAGAGACAGAUGUGAGCGGUGAUGAUCAGUAUAUGGCAGACAUUCCUACAGGGAAAGAUCCAAUCUAUAUUAAUGCUACAGACAUAAAGGAAGAAAAAAAAACAGAUGGGAGCGGUGAUGAGCAGUAUAAGGAGGACAUUUCUACAGGAAAAGAUCCAAUCUAUAUUAAUGCUAACAAUAUAAAGGAAGAAGAAAAUACAGAUGUGAGCGGCGAUGAGCAGUAUAAGGAGGACAUUUCUACAGGUAAAGAUCUGAUCUAUAUUAAUGCUAACAGUAUAAAGGAAGAAGAAAAUACAGAUGUGAACGGCGAUGAGCAGUAUAAGGAGGACAUUCCUAGAGGAAAAGAUCCAAUCUAUAUUAAUGCUGCAGACAAAAAGGAAGAAGAGGAGAAAGAUGUGAGUGGUGAUGAGCAGUGUAAGUUAAACAUUCCUACAGGUAACCGUCCAGAUUCUUGUACCAGGAGAUCAGAGGAGAAUCUUAUAUCUUCAGAUUAUAAAGCAGAUGAUGAUAUCACACAAGAUACAUAUGAAGAACAUUCCAUUAUCCCAGAUACACCCUCAGCCCUUCACAGCCAAGAUCUCUCAUCUCAUCCUGUUAUACAAGUCCGACCUAAAGAUUCAUCUCAGUCUGUUAAACAAAAUAAGGAAAAGCGAUUUUCAUGUUCAGAAUGUGGGAAAUGUUUUCCUUGGAAAUCAAGUAUUGUUAAGCAUCAAAGAACUCACACAGGAGAUAAGCCAUUUUCAUGCUCAGAAUGUGGAAAAUGUUUUAGACAGAAUUCAAAUCUUGUUGAACAUCAAAGGAUUCACACAGGAGAGAAGCCAUUUUCAUGUUCAGAAUGUGGAAAAUGUUUUACAAAGAAAUCAAGUAUUGUUAGACAUCAAAGAACUCACACAGGUGAGAAGCCAUUUUCAUGUUCAGAAUGUGGGAAGUGUUUUACUUUUAAAACAGAUCUUGUUAAACAUCAAAGAAUUCACACAGGUGAGAAGCCAUUUUCAUGUUCAGAAUGUGGGAGGUGUUUUACUCAGAAAACAGAUCUUGUUAAACAUCAAAGAAUUCACACAGGAGAGAAGCCAUUUUCAUGUUCAGAAUGUGGAAAUCGUUUUUUCCAGAAAACAGAUCUUGUUAAACAUCAAAGAAUGCACACAGGAGAAAAACCAUUUUCAUGUUCAGAAUGUGGAAAAUGUUUUAAUAAAAAAAUAGAUCUUGUUAAACAUCAAAGAAUUCACACAGGAGAAAAGCCAUUUUCAUGUUCAGAAUGUGGAAAACGUUUUAGUCGGAAUGGAAAUCUUGUUGACCAUCAAAGGAUUCACACAGGUGAGAAGCCAUUUUCAUGUUCAGAAUGUGGAAAGUGUUUUAUUAAAAAAAUAGAUCUUGUUAAACAUCAAAGAAUUCACACAGGAGAAAAGCCAUUUUCAUGUUCAGAAUGUGGAAAACGUUUUAGUCGGAAUGGAAAUCUUGUUGAACAUCAAAGGAUUCACACAGGUGAGAAGCCAUUUUCAUGUUCAGAAUGUGGAAAAUGUUUUAGUCGGAAUGGACAUCUUGUUGAACAUCAAAGGAUUCACACAGGAGAAAAGCCAUUUUCAUGUUCAGAAUGUGGGAAAUUUUUUACUGUGAAAUUGUAUCUUCUUAAACAUCAAAGAAUUCACACAGGAGAAAAGCCAUUUUCAUGUUCAGAAUGUGGGAAAUUUUUUACUGUGAAAUUGUAUCUCCUUAAACAUCAAAGAAUUCACACAGGAGAAAAGCCAUUUUCAUGUUCAGAAUGUGGGAAAUGUUUCUCCCAUAGAUCACAGCUUGUUUUACAUGAAAAAGGUCACACGGGAGAGAAGCCAUUUUCAUGUUCAGAAUGUGGAAAAUGUUUUUCUCAAAAAUCUAUACUUAUUAGACAUCUAAGAAUUCACAUGAGAGAAGCCAAUAAAUGAUGCAGAUAAGAUAUCUAUAUAUUAACCAUGUACAUAGGAUAUCUGACAUUUAUACAUAUAUCAUAUACUGCAUCUCCAAACUUGUUCCCAAUUGUUAAUAAAAGUUUUCUUUUAGAACGUAGUCACCGAUCCAGCGAUGUCAUCACUAUAGUUUAUAUGGUAGGAAAAGAGUGUGAUAUAUGGUUGUGAUAUUCACUGCACCUCAUGGAGAAGACCCAACAGGCAUAAUCCAUGGGGAGCUGCUACUGGAGACCCAAACACCUCAGAGAGAAGGGACUUAUUCCAGUGAUGAAGAAUUCCAGGACAUGACCAGAUUAGAGACACAAAAUCACUUCUAUCUUCUGGCUUCUAGGACAUUAUUCUGAUGGAAGAACUUUACACAUUAUAUAAAGUCCUAUAGGUGUUGGGGAACAUUUAUAGACAAUUAUCCCAAGUAAAAGAAGUAAUGCAGUAACUCACCACUAGGGAUGAGGGAGCCGAGCCCAGAACCCAGAUUUAACUCCAAUUUCGUGGUUGCAGUGACUCUAAGAAUUUUUUAACACUUCCAGGUUCAGCUUGCCAGUCCUGGGUAAUGUGUGUGAUAACAACAUGAGGGAUGAAGAACACAUGGCGUUCCAUGAUGAGAUCUGUUCCAUGAUGAGAGAUGUUGUAGUACCGCAGCAGUGCAGGAGUCCCGGAUAGCUGCGAAGAAAAGAUGCAGAAUCUAUGUGAGCAUUUCCGCACAGAUUCCACACAAAUUCAACAUCUUUUUACCAUCUGCAGAAUUCUGCACUGAACCAAUGCGGAUAUAGAAUUCAUGCAGAUGUGAGGAAUUUACAUUGUGUGACCACGGCCUAAGUCUUCUGAGAUAAUGACCCCUAAAUCCCUUUCCCCAGACACUGAGGUCAGGACUGUAUCACAUAUUCUAUAUUAUGCCCGGGGGUUAUUACCCCCCAUUAUCUUGCACUUCUCCACAUUAAAUAUCAGUGUCCAGAGUUCUGACCAUUCCUCUAGAUAAUCUCAAUCCUUUCCCAUUUGUCGUAUCCCUCCAGGAACAUUAAUCCUGUUACAAAUCUUGGUAUCAUCUGCAAAAAGAACAAUACUGAACCCCCGAGACCUUCUGUAAUAUCACAAAUAAUAAUAUUACACAAUGGGCCCCAGUACAGAUCCCUGAGGGCCCCACUGGUAACAAGACCUUGCUCUGAAUAUUCUCCAUUAACUACAACCCUCGAUACAAUACAAUAUGGAGUCCAAGCCCAAAGACUGCUAUGUGAACAGUGUCAGAAGCCUUAACCUGGGAUCAGUGGAGGAGAAGGGAAGCAUAAGCUACUUCCACCGACCAAUCCUGGAAAGAGAGUCUACUCCUGUCAGUCUCUAGGAUUUGGCAUAUUGCCGCUCUGAGCAGGCACAUCUAAAGGCACCAUGUAGCGGUUCUUAAGCGGCGGAUCCGCAGCUUAAAAUACGCAGUGUAUCCACCCGUGGGGACCUUCCCUAAAUGGGAAAAUUUUUUUUUUUUUUUUAAGUUUUUUUUUAUAUGAGAAAGGACUUUUUAAAUAUUAUAAAAAAAUAUAUAUAUUUUUUAAAAUUUUAUUUCAACGAAAUUCAAUAUUUUUUUAUUGGGAAGGGGUUAAUUCACAUUUAUUAUUUUUAACAAUUUAUUAUUAUUUUUUUACUCUUUUAGUCCCCAUCGGGGACUAUUACAUCCAAUCUGUAGAUUGCAUACACUCAUUAAUGCUAUGCCAUAGCAUAGCAUUGAUCAGUGUUAUCGGCGCUCCUUUAAUAAUGGCUGGCAGCAGUAAAGGAGCUACGAUUGGCCACAGGGAGCAGGGUAAGGGACCUCACAGCUGAUCGGGACACCACGAUUUCAUGUGGUGAUCCCAAUCAGCAUCCCUGAGCUAACCGGCAGUUAACUUCAGGACUUUUAGACACCGCGAUCAACUUUGAGGGGUUAAUGCGGGUCCCAGCUAUGACACGCUCAGCUGCUGAGCGCACUGCAUAGCUCGGGAGUGGAGAGUGCAGGCAGCUUACCUCACCUCCAUGAUACCUGCCGGUGGGACUCCCGCCGGCAGGUAUUGGGAACAUCCCUACAGCUCUGUUGUGUACACAGACAGCUCAGCUACAUGUACAUUACACAUAUACAGCUCUACUGUGUACACAUACAGCCCAGCUACAUGCACAUUACACAUAUACAGCUCU